AUGUUGAUGAGAUUUAUAAAUAGUGUAUGCAGAAAAUAUCCAAAUAGACAAUUUUUUACAAAUACUGUAAAAUUUGCAAUAAGAGAACCUACAGAGGAAGAAAUAUUACGUCGAAAUAAAUUAAAAACAUCACAUUAUCUCACUGCACUUGGUGUGGUUUCAGUUGGUCUAGCUUAUGCCGCAGUACCACUAUACAGAGUUUUUUGUCAGGCAACAAGUUAUGGAGGAACUGUAGGACACGAUGCAUCGAUGGUUGACUCAAUGAAGCCCGUUAGGGAUAGAGAAAUCCGGGUAGUAUUUACAGCUGACACCGCAGCAGCUAUGACAUGGAACUUCAAACCUCAGCAAAAAGAAAUAAAAGUUGUACCAGGUGAAACAGCACUUGCAUUUUAUACAGCUACUAAUCCGACUGAUAAGCCAAUUGUCGGUAUUUCUACGUACAACGUUGUUCCGUUUGAAGCAGGACAAUAUUUCAAUAAAAUCCAAUGUUUUUGUUUUGAAGAACAACAACUGAAUCCUCAUGAACAGGUUGACAUGCCAGUAUUUUUUUAUAUCGACCCAGAGUUUGCUGAAAAUCCACUGAUGGAAAAUUUGAGUGAUAUUACAUUGUCGUACACAUUUUUUGAAGCUAAAAAAGGAUUUAAAUUACCAAUACCAAGUUAUGUAAAGCCACAUACGACGCCGUCAUCAUGA